AUGGCGCUUAGUUUCCAACCUUACAACAUCACCCUUCCACAUUACAGUUCUUUGUUCACGUAUCUGCCGAUUCGAGAAGGAAGUUCUGCCACAGCAUGGAAUUCAUCUUACACUGAUAUAUCAGUUAAUCAAGCUGCGCAGGAUGCUCUAUCUGGGAAACAGGAUGGUUGGCACGGCGUGGGCGUUCCCUUUCGGACGACGCAGCUCAAUGGGGCAACAGUCAGUUUGAACUUUACCGGAACGGCGAUAUACAUGUGCUUUGCGACUACGAAACCCUGGCAGCUCUUCGUUGACGGUGAAAGGCUCCAGACCGCAGCUCCUUUACCGGACCCGGCAUGCUCGAUAUACGGAAGCCAGGCAGGGAUAUUGGCUGUUGCUGCGAACCUUACAUUGGGCGCACAUAACGCAACCUUGGAAAUCGGCACCGUCGACGAUCUUGACCCUUCAAGCUUUUACGGUGCCACGGUUACAAUCAGUGCUGGUCAACCCGGACCUAAGAGAACGGAGGUCAUAGGAAGUUCAGAUAGCUCCUGGCAGUGGAGUGGAUUGUGGACAACCCCAACAGACCAGUACAUGUGGGACGGUCAGUAUCAGACGAGCGCCAACUACGGUCCAAACAACAGCGUAUCCUACACUUUUCAAGGCGCUUCUGCCUUGAUCCUCCGGGGUUUAUCGACCUGUGUAACUGGACCUUACACCGUAACACUGGACAACGACGUCUUCCGAGGUAAUGCCACCGACUAUUGGUGGCGCUUCUCUGGAAACAUCUUGUACAUCGCCGGAGGACUCGAUCCCACGCAGUCACACACCAUCACCCUGAUGAACUACGAUCCACGAUAUACGGAAGAUUUAACACUUAUCAUGGACGAUACUUCGACUCGUGAUGCGAUGCUCGCAACGCUGAAUACAACCGGUGGAAAUUCGAACGGCUCAUCUCCUGCCUUGCCGAUUGUCGCGGGAGUACUGGGAGGGCUCCUCUUCAUCAUGCUUAUACUGGUUGCGUGGCUCAGUAUCUUGUGGAUGCGAUCGAACAAGGAACUCCGCUCGACACGAUAUAUCGGGGCGUUGAAAGACGAAGGCGUGGACGAAACUCUCUCAAGAUUGACCCCAUGGGUGCCCAAUGAACCUGCAAGCGUUGCAUCAAAUUCCACGCCAGCACUGGGGCGACUGACGAGCUCGGACCUUGCUUCGGUCAGCGCCUCGGCAGUUGCAGGGAACGAACAACAUUCGAGAAAGCGUGCUGGCCGAAUGACAAGCGCUAAUAAUUCGGAAGCGGACCCUUUACCUCAACAGGAUUCAGAUGGAAAUGCCGAUCCAGCGGGUCAGCAAGCAGCUCCGAGGACUGAAACGCGUGCACCUGUACGGCGAGGGACCACUCGGCAGAAUCUGGGCGAUCUGGUGUCAAGUCUAUCCGCCUUAUUGAAUGGACAUCUUCAUCAGGAAUAUCUUGAACAAGAGGCAACAUUGGAAAGGCCGCCCGAGUACCCCGAGGAUGAGGCGGCUAGAACACAUGAGCAGGAGCAGGCCCGCCGGAGUGUAUGA